CCUUUUUGUUGUUAAAACUGAGCAUGGGAACAGCAUGAGUGGGUAACCUGAAAGCCACAAGAAUCUUCCUGCCUCCCAUGUAGCUGCAAUUCCCGUCCUCCGUCACAGGUAAUCACUCCUGCCAGUAUGACGACUCCAUUUCUUGCCUGCUCGUGUCUUGCUACAAAGACUCCAAAGUUCAAAAGGAUUCUGUGAUGCUCGGAGGAAGAAUUCCAUGUCUGGUUUCUAGGACCCCUAGACCUCAAAUUCCCCACCUGGUUCACUGUGAGUGAAGGCAGUAUCUGAGUAGCAGCCACGUGUGCCUGUGCAGAUCGAGGGAGCGGUGACCAAAGACAGGUGUCCUCACCAUGGCCCUGGCAGGAGUCAAGGGCCGGCUCCGGAUCCGAAACCUCCUGGCCCGCCAGUGUCUGGCAGAGUUUCUGGGCAUGUUUGUGCUCAUGCUCUUCACCCAGGGGGCUGUGGCCCAGGCUGUCACCAGUGGAGAAACCAAAGGCAAUUUCUUCACCAUGUUUCUGGCUGGCUCUCUGGCCGUUAUGCUGGCCAUCUACGUGGGUGGUAAUGUUUCAGGGGCCCACCUGAAUCCAGCCGUCUCCCUGGCCUUUUGCCUCCUGGGACACUUCCCCUGGGCCAAACUCCCCAUUUACGUCUUGGUGCAGCUACUGUCUGCUUUCUGUGCGUCCGGAGCCACCUAUGCUCUCUACUAUGAUGCCCUACAGAACUAUACAGGUGGGAACCUGACCGUGACUGGCCCCAAGGAGACAGCGUCUAUCUUUGCCACCUACCCUGCUCCCUAUCUGUCCCUGAGUGGCGGCUUCCUGGACCAGGUUCUAGGCACCGGGAUCCUGAUGGUGGGGCUCUUGGCCAUCCUGGAUACACGGAACAAGGGAGUGCCUGCAGGUCUGGAGCCCGUGGCCGUGGGGCUGCUGAUCUUGACCAUUGGGCUAUCCAUGGGUGCCAACUGUGGGUUCCCACUCAACCCUGCCCGGGACCUGGGCCCACGGCUUUUCACCUACGUGGCUGGUUGGGGCCCUGAAGUCUUCAGUGCCGGUAAUGGCUGGUGGUGGGUGCCUGUGGUGGCCCCUCUGGUGGGGGCCACCCUUGGCACGGCCACAUACCAGCUGCUGGUAGCUCUGCACCAUCCUGAAGACUCAGAGCCAGUUCUGGAUCGAGAGUUGGUGCAAUAUUAAGCCUCAGACUGGGAAACGGCUGCCUCAGCUUCGAUGCUAGAGUGUUAGCCAUGAUUCUGGCACCGCAGCCCUCACCUCCCUCAUGGACCCCGAGGAGGGCCAGACACCCAGGCUUGGUGACAAGACAUUCUUUCUCUUUAUGAAGACACCAGGCCCUGCGCAGCUUCUUUGUUUACUCAUCUAGGCAUCGCUUCCUCCUACUAAACUGGGAAGGCUGCCUGCACAGGGAGGAGGGUACCGUCCAUGGACCCAAGCCUUCAUCCUCUGCUCCCCAAGCCAGUUUUGGGAGCCCGCGGGCUUCCUGGAACGUAGUUCCUCAAAGUGGCCGCCAGAGGGUGGUCACCCUGGAAGCCGGACUGGGAAGGAUGUGGGAAUCUGCAGGGUGGGGGGGGCCCGACCAUCCCGUGGGGGAGCAUAACCCCGGGGACUUUCUCCAACGCUUGGUCCCCACUGCCUGAGUCCCAGUUCUCGUAACCUUAGCGCCGCCGCCCCUAGAUCCAGCCACCCCCAGGUAGUAGGAACGGGUGGGGAAACUGCCUCCACCAAGGGGGCGUGGUGGGGUGCGGGGGACGGGAGAGGGCCGGCCGUGGAACACAGCGGUGCAAGCGCCUAGAGACCCGGAGAGCAGGGCGGAGGAAACGGAGGCACAACCCAGUCCCAGACACAGCGGGCUUUGUCAUUCAAGGACGAUGCCGCACGACGAGAUGAGCCAGGGCGAGGGGAGAAGGCCAAGACACGGGGCUGCGAGGGGACUGAGUGGGGUUCAGGGGAGACGGCGCUGAGGGAAAUGCUCGUUGGCCCCGGCUUCCCCGGCGCUCCGCCCCGCCGCGAAGAAGACGCUCUUUUAGCGGGGAAGGCAGCCUUCUCCAGUUCCCUUUCUUCCGAAUAAAACAGG